GUUUUCUUCGCUUCCUUCCCGGGAAUGAAAAUGUACUUCAUUUCUCGCAUUAAUUCGAAAAGAAGCGGAUCAUUUUUUACUGUGUUACUGUUGUCCUACUCAUUUUCCCCCUUUCUGAGUGUGUGAGUGAGCUUGUGAAGUUGCUGCGUGGGUUUCUUUUCUGUUUUUGUUCAUUUUUGUUUUCUUUUGGGGAUGCAUUUAUUGAUAGCGUUGGGUUAAUAGGGUUACGGGUUGACAUGAUUGUUUGAUGUGACGAUCGUUCUUGAUGCCACAUUUAAUUAGCUGUCGAUAUCCAAGGUGGUGCGCAGAUAUAGCCUCAAUUCAUGGCUUGGGAUCUCUGGGGUUCUUCAUACGACCAAGUUUCCUGCAAAGAUAAUUACUCUGAUCAUCCUGAGUGGCCAUAUGGCUUCUUCUUUGGCUGUGACCCUGAUGUGAUAGAGGAAGAUGCCUUGAAUGAGGAGUACUGUGUUCAGGUUUUAAGGAUUUUGAUCACCAAGGCAGAUACCGAAAUCAAGGAACUUGAAAAGGAUCUAUCGUCCCUUCAAAAUGAAUUGGCCUGCGCUGAGCAUGAGAAAUGGCCUGAAAUAUGUUGCAGUGCUUUGACCGAAAGAAUCAAUUGGCUGGAUGUUGCAAUUAGUGCUUUGAAGAAAGAUCAUGCUGAUGAAAUAGAGACAGGGCUGCUAUUACACAGUAAGCCUGCUGAGACACUUCAUGAGAUAGUGAAGGCUUUACAAAGGGAUCAUUGUCAAGAUGAAAACAGCCAGCUAGUAGGUGCAAACAGCUUGAAUCCAAUUAUGAAUGCUACUAAGUGUGCACUAGAUAAAGAGUCUAGCCAAAUUAAUUCAAAUAUAGUGAUAAAGGAGGAAAAGAAAGAGCAAGAAGAAUCUAAAGAACACGAGGAAAGUAAACAACUCUGUGGAACUUCGGAAAAGUCUAGAAACUCAUCAGAACUGUCAGAGAUGCAACAAAAGAGACGGGAUGGUGCUGAAAUCGUUGACAUUGCUGAUAUGGUUGAGGAAUUGCUUGCAGGGACAAGUCUUGAUUUGGAAGGUAUGAACUGUUCUUCUGGACUUUCUGAUGGGAUGAAAUUAUCAGGGACAUCAGAUGAUAACGAGGAAGUCGGAAGAAGCCAACUCAUUGGUACAGAUACAGGUCAAAUCUCCAAUCAGCUUUCCCCCGUGGGAAAUGGAAAUACUUCCAGUGAAUGCAAGAGAGAGGUUGCAAUUGUCAAAUCUACGGAUGUCAGCUCAGAUGCUCUUAUAUCUUCCACCAGCAUCAAAGGGAGGAAAAAGUGUAACGAUUCCAAAUUUGGUGCUUCAAAUAAAUGGAAAGGUAGAAAUUCUGAUUUAGAGAAAAAACUGUGUGAUUUUGCUCCAAAAACUCGAAAAGCCGUCAAGAAAGAACCUGAGGUUGCUACAGCUGAAGAUUUGGACCCUAUAAAUCAUCCUCUACAAAUUGUGUUUCCUCGAGACUUGUUUCCUGUUGAUACUGAAUUGAGCCCCUUUAAAGGAGGUAAUGGUAAAAUUUCCCAAGUGAUUAACAUUGAAAAGUCCAAUCUUACUCAUGCUCAAAGUUCUGCAUUGAUUGCACUGCUUGAGUCACAAACCAGAAAUGCCCCGUACACUGGCUUACAGCUGGCAGAUAAAGAGAAACCACUAGCAGAAGGUCUUAAAACGACGAAAAUUUUUGAGAACUUGGCACAGUCUGAUAUGAGCUUCCCUUCGAAGCUUAAAACUGAGGGUGUCAACCAAGAGGCAGCGGAAAUCCACACGCAUCAGCAUCACUGA